AUGGGUGUCGAUAUGCUUCUCUUGGAUGAUCAGUCUUAUCUCAUCCAAGCAUGUGUUUCUGUCCAUCGGCUGAACACAUUCCGAGAACUUCUUCGUGAAGGAGCUAUAUAUGAGCUUAGUGGAUUUGAUGUGACUAGAAGCAACAAUCAUUUCAAGCUUUGUGAUUCUGUUGUGUCUAUCCGGCUAAACGAGUUUACAAAGAUGGUUGAAGUGCCCGCAGUUGCUAAUCCGAUGUCUACUGAGAUGUUCAGUUCACUUGAUGGGUUUGUGUAUUUGAUGGAUAUAUUGAGUUUGAACAAUGAUGAUGAGUAUGCGAGUGAAGAUGCAGGUUCAGAACAGGAAAUGGACGAGAACAAUCCUAUUGUGGACGAGCCUCUCAUGAGCACAGCCGAAGGGAAAGGUAAACACAAGCGUAGACACUCUAAGUGCUGGAACCACUUUACUAUAGAAGGAGAUAGGAUGCCUGAUGGGAAAUUCAAAUGUGUCUGCAACCACUGUAACCAGUUUUACUACCUAAACUUGCAUAGAAGUGGAACCAAUACUAUGCUUCGCCACUCUGAACGCUGCCCCAAAACCCUUAGUAGUACUGUAGGUUGUAAGAAGAUCGAUCAGUUGGUGUUUCGAGAUAUGAUUGAUGUGGCUAUUGUUGAGCAUGAUCUCCCUUACGCCUUUGUAGAGUUUAGAAGGGUUAGGGAAGCCUUGAAGUAUGCCAACCCCACCAUAGAAUUCUGGUGUAGGAACACAGCAGUAGCCGAUGUACUUAAGAUAUUUGAGGGGGAGAAAAGGAGACUUAAACAGGUGUUAAAUGAGCUUCCGGGUAGAGUUUGUCUAACCACCGAUCUGUGGAGAGCUAUAACCAUCGAGGGUUAUCUCUGUCUCACUGUCCAUUAUAUAGAUGCUGAAUGGAACCUUAGAGCUAAGAUCCUUUCUUUUUGCGCCUUCCCUCCACCGCACACUGGUACUGCCAUUUCCAUGAAGAUAUUGGAGUUGCUAAAAGAAUGGGGUCUGCUAAAGAAGGUCUUCACUAUAACCGUGGACAAUGCCUCUUCCAAUGAUAAUAUGCAAGGAGUAGUCAAGAGGCAGCUUAAGAAAGAUUUAGUCUGUGGUGGAGAGUUCUUUCACAUUAGGUGUGUUGCUCAUAUUUUAAACCUCAUUGUACAAGAUGGUUUAGCGGUGAUAGGUGAGGCGUUAGAGAAGAUCAGAGACAGUGUUAAGUAUGUCCAGAUAACUGAGUCUAGAGAGAUAUUGUUUCAAGGCUGUGUGGAGUCGGUUGGAGUUCGGAAGAAAGGGGAUUUACUUUUGGAUUGUCCCACGCUGUGGAACUCUACCUAUCUCAUGUUAACUAGAGCUCUUCACUAUAAAGAGGCAUUCAAGAAUCUUGCAGAGAUUGAGACAAGCUACCAGAGCUUACCUACAAAAUCUGAGUGGUUAAGAGCUAACCUCAUUUCUGGUUUGUUACAGCCAUUCGAUGAGAUGACAAGGCUUGUUUCUGGCACCAAAUACCCUACAGCGAAUCUGUACUUCAUGGAGGUGUGGAAAAUUCAGACUUGGUUGAAUACAAACGAGUUUCAUGAAGAUAGAGUGAUCGCUGAUAUGGUGGAUUCAAUGAGGAUGAAAUUUGUGAAGUACUGGGAAGAGUACAGUGACAUUUUGGCAAUUGCAGCUGUGUUAGAUCCUAGACUCAAGUUCAAGGUCUUGGAGUACUGCUACCACACUCUAGAUCCAGCAACAUGUAAAUCCAAAACGGAUUACAUACGAAAAAAGGUGGUGAAGUUGUAUGGAGUAUACAAGAAGAAUAGUAGUGCUCAUAGUUCACAAGAAGUAGAAGAAGAUGCUCUACCAGCUGGUUAUGGUGGCUUCUAUGUGUUCUUCUCUCAACAAGCAGGAACAAGGACAUCUGCUUUGGAUUUGUAUCUGAGUGAACCUGUGCUUGAUAUGGUGUCAAAUUUAAAGUUAGAUGUCCUUGAGUAUUGGAGGGACAACGCAAACCGUUUUAAGGAGCUCUCUAGAAUGGCAAGCGAUGUCCUAUCCAUCCCAAUAACAACGGUAUCAUCAGAGUCAUCAUUCAGUGCCGGAAGUAAGGUUCUCAGCAAAUACAGGAACAAACUUCUCCCUUCAAAUGUUCAAGCUUUAAUCUGCACUAGAAACUGGCUCAGAGGUUUUGAAGUGAUUGCUGGAUGCGAUUUAGAUGAGAAAGGUAAAGAAGAUAAACAAGAUACCAAUGUGGAAGCAGAAGGAAGUGGAAGGAAGAAGAGGACCCGACUCAACUAA